UAUUAACAGUCCCAUAUGAAUAAAAUCAAGUGUUUCUCUUGCAGACAGAGCUGCUGACGGUGCUGGAUAUACAGUAGCUGUCAUUAUACUGGUCUUUAUCGUGAUCCUCAUCAUCCUCCUCCUUGGCGUUUUGUAUUUCUUGAGGAAAAAAGGAAGGAGUUAUUCAUUUGACCUGACUCACACCAGUCCCAGUGAACACGUUGAGCCAUUCAUGGACCUCGAUCAACAAGGUGUAAGCUAUGAACACAAGGACAAAGAUUUGUCUGUAAGUCUGGACUUUACACAGGACGACAAAUCUAAUGAAAAGUCCAGCCCGAUAGCCAAUGGUUGCACAGGAGAGAAAACUGAACAAACGAUUGCUUCGGGAAACGAAGAGCAGAAUCUUCCAGAAGAGAACAGUUUCCCCUCGAGCCCCAGUCUGACUCCACCUAUGAAGAAAGUUGAGUUUAAUCUGGAUCUUGAUGACUUCAUGAGUGGAGAAUCUGACGUGAUCAGUCCGACUUCAGAGGACUCUUGUGAUGCGGCUCAUAAUGAAAACAACAACAACAUCUCUGAUGCUGGAUGGGGAACGGCAGGAGAGAUCUUCACUGAAAUUAAUCUAGAUGAGCCAAAGGAACAACCAUAAUGUGUGUUUCCCAAGCAGACGUCAAGCUCUGGUUUACAGACCUACAGUCACUUAGGAGAUGCACUGUAAAGAAAUGCAGCUUUUUUUGUCAAAUCAACAUGUACACUCACCUAAAGGAUUAUUAGGAACACCAUACUAAUACUGUGUUUGACCCCCAUUGAUUCAACAAGGUGCUGAAAGCAUUCUUUAGAAAUGUUGGCCCAUAUUGAUAGGAUAGCAUCUUGCAGUUGAUGUAGAUUUGUGGGAUGCACAUCCAGGGCACGGAGCUCCCGUUCCACCACAUCCCAAAGAUGCUCUAUUGGGUUGAGAUCUGGUGACUGUGGGGGCCAUUUUAGUACAGUGAACUCAUUGUCAUGUUCAAGAAAGCAAUUUGAAAUGAUUCGAGCUUUGUGACAUUGUGCAUUAUCCUGCUGG